GCCUUGAUGUUCAAAGCGCGUAAGCGGCGCUGAUUGAUAGAAUAGUAGUAGAAAAGUGGGGAUGAAGAGAAAAUGAAAGAGAUUAAGGGAUGAUGACAGGUUAACAGCCAAACCGGUCCAGUGGCCAUAGUGAAUUUUAAUCAAUAUUUUAAUCCCACUAUUACUUCCAUUAUACCCCACUACAGGCAUUGAUAGACAGAGAGAGAGAGAGUUAUUGUACUAUGUUGUCUUUGUCAACCAUAAAGACAUCUUUUCAGCCAAACGCGCAGUCUAUAUAUACUAUAUGUGUAUGUGUGUGCAACGGGCCCUGAAGCCCUCGCAUCAUACAAACAGACUGCGACCCAUGGUGUAAGUAUGCACCAUGCUGCGACCAGCUGAUUGACGUGCACAUGCGCGUAACAAUUCACAACAAAUGUCGAAGCAUAUUGUUUAGCAAUGUGAGUAAUGUAUGUGUUAUACGACUGGCUGUGACUGGCCGGAGAAUGGUCAGAUACCCGGAAACUGAUCAGACGUGAGGUCGCAAUCUCGAGUUUAGAAAGAGGCAGUCGGAGGACACGUUGCAGCAGUCGAAUCCUGUUUUUAUUUGACACUGAGACCAAGAUCCACCAAUCAUUCAGGAACAUGGCAUUUGGGAUCUCGUUCUCUCGUGACAUUUAAAAUGCAACAUUUGCAACUGAUCUCACAAGGAUAUUCUUCCACAAGCGUGUCAUCCUAGAAAUUGCAUCCUUCGUGCAAAACUACAUAUUAAAAAGUUCAAAAAGUUCAAAAAAGUCAUGGCGUAUUCCAUCAAUAGACGACCUUUACUAGGAGGUGCAUCCGAUAGCGAAUUUGAGGAUGAUUUAGAAACUGAAGUAGAUGAACAUAAUGUUUCGGUUCCCGAUAAGGAACCGUUUUUAAAAUCAUUCGAGCCACACGACAAGUAUAAUAUUGCAUAUAUUGUAUUUUAUCUACUAGGAAUAAAUACAUUAAUCCCAUGGAGUUUUUUUAUUACUGCUGACGAUUAUUGGAUGUAUAAAUUCAGAGAAAUUCAUAGUAAUUCAACAACAAAUUUUACUUACAUACAUGUAGAAUUACUCGAAGAGAAGACCGAUCUACAAGCUAGUUUUACUUCUUAUUUAAAUCUAGCUAGCGCAUUGCCAAAUACUCUUUUCUUGAUAAUUAAUACAUUUAUUAGCAAGAGAGUCUCUUUAACCGUGAGAAUGGUUGGUUCUCAGUGUAUAAUACUCAUUUUAUUUAUCUUAACGACUACAUUUGUAAGGAUAAACACUGACAAAUGGCAAAAUACAUUCCUAAUCAUCACUUUGGCGACGGUCGCAGUUGUGAAUGCUGCAAGUGCAAUUUUCGGAGGUAGUUUAAUGGGUAUAGUGGGCAAAUUCUCGCCGAAAUACAUAACAGCUAUGUUCGGUGGUCAAGCUCUUGGUGGGAUAUUCACGGCCCUGACAGAAAUAUGCUCUUUGUGGAUAGGCGCUAGUCCGGUACUUUCCGGUUUAGUCUACUUCAUCAUUGGCGAUGCUAUGCUAUUAUUAUCGCUAAUUGCGUAUAUCAUUUUGGAGAGGGCGCCAUUUUUUAAAUACCAAACGGUAGAAAAAGUACCUGAACAAUUGGAAUCCACUUAUUCAACAAACGAAGUUAGCUUCUCGGGAGGACCGAGCGUGUCCUACAGACGAAUCAUAAAGAGAAUCUGGCAUUAUGGCGUAAGCAUUUUUCUAGUGUUUUUUAUAUCGCUGGCUGUGUAUCCGGCGGUCACCGUGCUGGUGGAGAGUCAGUACAAGGGCAAGGGUCACGCAUGGAACGACAUAUACUUUGUACCUGUGGUUACGUAUCUUAUCUUCAGUACGGGCGACUACGUUGGAAGGGUAUUAUCCGGUAUUUUUCAAUGGCCAAAAGGCAAGCCAUGGCUCGUGAUGUUCAUGAGCGUCGCGAGAGGCAUUUUUGUACCGGUACUUAUGUUUUGCAAUGCUCAACCGAGACAUCACAUUCCUGUUUAUAUUCAUAAUGACAUAUAUUAUAUCCUAAUAACUAUCGUGUUUGCCGUGUCCAACGGUUAUCUGUGCAAUUUGACGUUUAUUCUAGCGCCCACAGUUGUAGAUAGUCAAGAGAAAGAAAUUGCGUCGGCGAUGAUGGGCGCUUUCUUGGGGAUUGGAUUGGUAUCUGGCGCUGCGCUGAGUUUGUACAUGGUGAAAGCUCUUUAAACAUUUUUCGAAUCGAACGUUUCGCGAAUCGAGGACAAAUGUAAAUAAACAAUUCGAGAUCUCACUGCCGCGUCUGUGUAUUUUAAAUCUAGUAGGACCAUGAAAACUCUGUGUCUGAUAUCGAGCUUUUAAACGUAAAUUGAUGUAGGCACAAGUUAUUUGUUAAGAUAUGAUAGGAAAAAAUAACAUAACAAUGUAUAAAAAAAGUAUUUGCGUUUUUAUUACAUAAUUUCGCCCUUGUAUAUAUACAUUUUUAAAUAUACUUGCGGACUAAGAAAUAGGAUAUCUUUCUCUCUGGUGCGUGUGAUGUUAGAAGAAAAUAAAAAAGAGACAUAAUAGAAAUGAUCAGAUAAUGUAAAUGUAGCUACACAAACAUUUCUGUCAGUAUUAUGUUAAUAAAUAACAUGUUUAAAUAAAUGAUGAUUUUAAUCUAUGAAACAAAAUUGUAAUUAAAUA